AUGUUCCCUGUUUCUGGCAAACCUGGACGAUCUUCUCCUAAUUUCGAGAAAGUACAACACGCCAUCGGAGACCACGUGGCCAACACUGGCACACUGAUCAACUGCCACAGAAACCAAGAGAGUGCGUUAUUCAAUGAGAGUUUGAUGGAAUUCAACGAGUUUAAACUCCAAAAUGUUUUAUGUUUCCCGGUUAGAGACGAGGAUAAAAUAAUAGGUGCCGUACAACUUUAUAACAAAAGAAAAGGAAAUUUCACCCGUUUUGACGAAGAGAUCGCCAAUAUUUUGAGUGUCCAUGGUGGCUUCGCCCUCAGCCAGAGUCUAAAAUUCACCAAAAUUGAAAAUUUCAAAAUCAGAAAUCAACUAGCUGACAAUUUAAUGAUCCGCCACGAACACGUAAAUAUGGACGAAAUGUUCGAACGAUUGGGGUUUUUUACAACCUUUGGUAUUAAAAGAGAAGUGUUUGCGAAAUUUACAAUGACUGUGAAAAAUUGUUGCCGGGAAGUUCCGUUCCACAACUGGAUGCAUCUGUUUUCCACAGCGCAUUUUGCGUAUUUGUGCUUGACACAUUUACAGUUAGUUGAAGAUAAAUAUAUUACCCAACUGGAGGCUCUGGCUUAUUUCGUGACUUGUCUAUGCCACGAUGUUGACUACAGAGCGGCUAAUAGUUCCUUUCAGCAAACGCCAAGUGACGGUUUGUGCACGCUGUACUCCAGUCCUGGGUCGGUCAUGGAAAGGCAUCGUCUCUCACAAAUUUUGAGGAUUCUCAAUUCAGAGGGCUGCAACUUUGUAGAUAUUCUGAAUCGAGAAAAUUAUAGACUGUUUUUGGAUUUACUGAAAGACCUAACACUAGCUACGGAUUUAUCAAUUCACUUUAAACACUACACGAAAAAAUUCAUUAUGACAAAGAAUGGCUAUAAUAGGAAUAAUCCAGAACAUCGGUAUGUUUUUACAAGUCUGUUAGUUACAUGUGCUGAUUUAUCGGAUCAUACAAAAGACUGGACAGUGUCCAAAGACGUGGCGAUACAACUUUUUCAAGAGUUUUUCACACAGGGCGAUUUAGAGGUCAAUUAUUAUUCAAAUCCUCUACAAAUGAAAGACAUUGAAGUGGUUUUUAUGCCAGAUUUGAUAGUAAAUUUUUUGAGAGAUGUUUGCUUGACCGCAUUCAAGAUGUUGGCAGUGAUGUUUAUAGAAAUAAAAGAACUAGUUCAAGCAAUUAAACGAAAUAUUCUUUAUUGGGAGACUUCGAAACACCUCUUUUUGAAAGCAUUGGACAGCGGAAAGCCCAGUUUGGAGCUCCUCCAGUCCGAGGAAUUUGACAAGGACGUGGAAGCUGCAAUACAAUUAGUAGCAACGAAAAAAUAAUGUUUAGUUUUUCUUGAGCAUGUGUGGCACCAAGUGUUUGAGAAAAAUCUUCAAAUCUUGCUUUCUUUGGCUCGCCACGGCCAAAAUAUCGUCACAAUCGGGCUUAUCCUCCGUUUCGUAGCUCAUAACACCUUCGUUGGUGAUCAGACUAAAGGCGAAACAUCCAAGCCCGCAAUGCCUGGCUGUUAUAAUUUCAUGCACAGUGGACAUGCCCACAGCAUCACACCCUAGCACCUUCAAAGCCCUCAUUUCGGCCACCGUUUCAUAACUUGGGCCCCCAACACAACCGUAGACACCUUCAUGGAAGCCCUUCAAGCCCAGUUUCUCCACCAGGGUUUUGGCGUCUUUGAUGAUGCUCUGGUCGUAGGCAUUGUUCAGUGCAACAAAUCGGGGGCCGAAGGAGUCGUCGUUGGGCCCCCUGAGGGGGCUGUUGCCGGCGAAACCGACGAAGUUGAUGUGGUCUUUGAUGAUCAUGAUGUCGCCGGCUUUGUACGCAGGGUUGACGCUUCCAGCGGCGUUUGAAACAAUGAGAGUGGAAACUCCGAGGAGUUUCAUUAAACGCACGGGCAUCACACAUCGGGACAGGGAGUUGCCUUCGUAGUAGUGGAAGCGGCCUUGCAUGCAAAUCACGGAGAUUUCGUCGAUUUUGCCGAAAAUGAGGCGGCCUUCAUGGCCGAUAACUGUGCUUUUAGGGAAGUUGGGGAGGUCAGUGUAUUCGAAUUUUAUGGGGUCGGUCAACAGUUCACCCACAGAACCUUAACAAGAAUAAAAAAUCAAAACAA